UUAGUUUUAGUUUGUUCAUUCAUGAUUACAGAGAUGGAUGUGUUUGUUUGCUAACUUGAUGCGAAAUUGUUUUUAUUUUGCGCAGUGAUUUGUGGUUAACAAAAUGUGUUCCCUUUAAAUUGAGUAUUUAGAAAAAUGUUUUUUGUAAUGUGUUUGGUUUUAAUUGAAUGAUUAUCGAGAAUUCGUUUUAGUGCAAAUAAAAUAUUGUGUUAUAAUGCCGGGUCUUAUUGGUAUCGGUGAAUUUAUUGACGAAACUCGAGAGGAUUACAGUUCGCCAACCACCUCUACGUUUGUUUCGCGUAUGCCACAAUGCCGGCAAACUAUCAACGCUUUGGAAGAGACCCUGGAUUUCGAUCGCGAUGGCCUAACAAAACUCAAGAAAGCUAUAAAAGCUAUCCACAACUCUGGAAAUGCACACGUGGACAAUGAGAUGUACCUAUCGCGGGCUCUGGAGCGCCUCGGGGGCAACGCCCUCAGUAAAGACUCGGAGCCCGACAUCGGCGCUGCGUUCUUCAAGUUCGCAGUCGUCACCAAAGAGCUGUCUGCACUCAUGAAAACACUGAUGCAAAACAUUAACAACAUAGUGAUGUUUCCUGUGGACAGUCUCUUAAAAGGCGACCUCAGAGGUGUCAGGGGCGAUCUGAAAAGGCCAUUCGAAAAAGCCUCCAAGGACUACGAGUCGAAGUACCUGAAGAUAGAGAAAGAAAAGAAGUCACAGGCAAAAGAGGCUGGUCUCAUCAGAACUGAAGUCACAUCGGCUGAAAUAGCAGAUGAGAUGGAGAAGGAAAGGAGAUUAUUUCAAUUGCAAAUGUGUGAGUACCUGAUAAAGUUCAACGAGAUAAAAACAAAGAAGGGCAUCGAAUUGCUGCAGCACCUGGUGGAGUAUUAUCACGCACAAACGAAUUACUUUCAAGAUGGUCUGAAAACGAUUGAGCACUUCGGCGUCUACAUCGCUGACCUGAGUGUACAGUUGCAGAAGAUCAGGCAGCAACAGGACGACGAGCGACGGAGACUUCUGGAACUGAGGAAUAUGCUCAGAGCUGCAGCGCCGCAGGACCGUGAAGCUGCGGCGGCAGUAGGAGGUUACUCCCUCCACCAAUUACAAGGAGACAAGCAACACGGCGUAACCCGCAGCGGGUAUCUGCUGAAGAAGUCAGAAGGCAAGGUGCGGAGGGUGUGGCAGAAGAGAAGGUGCAGAGUCACGGCAGAAGGGUUCCUCGACAUCUUCCACGCGGACGAGAACAAGACACCGGCAAGAGUCAACCUUCUGACGUGUCAGAUAAAAGUCGCUUCGGAAGACAAGCGGGCGUUUGAUCUAGUCUCAUACAAUCGUACCUACCACUUUCAAGCGGAAGACGAGAACGAACAGCGAGCGUGGACGUCGGUGCUCGUCAACUGUAAGGAGGGGGCCUUGAUGAGGGCCUUCCACCAGCAGGCCGGGGAGAGCAACGACAAUGGGCACUCGUUGUUGGACCUCCAGCGGUCCAUAAUACGAGCUGUGCGGUCUCUGCCCGGGAACCAAGUGUGUGCGGACUGCGGUUCCACUAACGAUCCCACCUGGUUGUCAACAAACUUCGGUGUCAUAGUGUGCAUAGAAUGUUCCGGAAGUCACAGAGAGCUAGGAGUACACAUAUCGAGGAUACAGUCACUGACGCUGGACCGGCUGAGCACGUCACAGCUGCUGAUCGCGAGGAACAUGGGCAACCAGAUGUUCAACGAGGUCAUGGAGAACACGUUGGACGAGAGGGACAAGUUGACACCUGAAAGUACCAUGGAGGAGCGGUUAAGGUUCAUACGCGAGAAGUACGUGUACAGGGCGUGGGCCGCCGCCACGUGCCAGGACGCGGCGGAGCGCCUCUCGGAGGUGGAGCACGCCGUCAACAAUGGUCAUCUGCAGAACUUGCUGCAGGCGUACGCGGAGGGCGCAGACUUGGGCUCCGUGCUGCCCAGCUCGGAUUGUGGUGAAACAGCCCUCCAUCUCGCGAUAUCGCGGGAGUUAGGGGACGGUUCGUGUCUGCACAUAGUCGAUUUUCUAGUCCAAAAUGGCGGUUCCCAACUGCUGGACAAAGCCACGUUCUCCGGGAUGACAGCUCUACACUUGUGCGCGGCGAUCGACCGCUCCGAGCCUAUGAAACUGCUGCUGAAAGCGGGCGCAGAUUCUACGAUAAAAGACACCAAUGGACGGACAGCGUUGCAUAUCGCCAGGCAUUUGGGACACCACGCUUGCCAAGAGUUGCUGGAAAGUGUAGAUAAACGCGAGAAGAGUAUUUUCGAAAACAUCAACAUAGACUGGAACUUGUCGCACGACGACGGCUCCACAGACUUCUCUGACGACGACACGGUUAUCGACGAAAGGCAAAACGGUAGCGUGACGCCAGAGAAGAAAUGUCCGAGAUCGAGACCGCCAUCAUACGCGGGUACGUGCGGUGGAGGGGGUGGUGGUAGUGGUGGUGGUGGGGAUUCCCCUGUGCUUCGCUCCAGGUCCUCCACGUGUGACUCGCUGCACCACGCGCCGCCCACGCCGACCACGCUGCCGAGGAAACCCAACGUCUUUUCUUGUAUAAUUCUAGAUAACAUCGGCAGUUUGAAGAAACGUGCCGCGCCCCUCCCCCCCGCAGUAGCGUUGUCGCACCCCCCGCCGCAUCCGCGGUCGACGCCUUCGCCUUCAGCGGACAGCACGAGAUCCAUUCAUGGCGGCGUAAGCGGGGCGGCAGGUGUGGGGAAGCACAGGCCGCAGCAGCCGCCGCCGACGCCGCCGCCCGCGACGCUGCACAACGGCGCGCACAGAGACGAGCCCACGCCGCCGCCUAGGAAAAAGAAAAAUAGAUUGCAACUGGAAAACGCUGUGAAGGGAAAACUGAAAAGGGAGUGUUCUAGUCAAGAUUCGUCGUUAGAGUUGUGCGACAUGUCGGACGGGUUGGACGACAGUCGGCUGCAAGCGACGAUGUCGUGCGACAGCUCGCGGUCGCGGGAACGAUCGAGACGAUCCGACAGUCGCUCGCUCGACGUGUCGGAUACUUCGAGUGUGCACUCGCGAUCGCCUUCCACUUCUAUUACUAUGAUGGGUGCCGCCAUGCGACGGUGUAGAGCUCUAUACGACUGUUCAGCUGACAACGAAGACGAGCUAUCGUUCCGCGAAGGUGAGGUUAUAGUAGUCAUCAACGAGCGUACGGAGGACGACAACUGGAUGGAGGGCCAGGUAGAGGGCACCGGCCGACGAGGCAUGUUCCCCGUCUCUUUCGUGCAUAUGCUCCCCGACUAGUGUUAGAGAGGCACAGAAUGAUCGAGCUGACGUCAACUGCCAAACAUCACGAUCCUGAGCCGCUUGCAUUCAGCGAAUCCCUGCGACUCGCUUGAUGUCGUCAGUCCACCUGGUGGAGGGUCGACCAACACUGCGCUUUGUAGUGUAGGGUCGCCAUUCCAGCACCUUGGGACCCCAACGUCCAUCAGCUCUUCGAACUAUGUGUCCCAUUGCCACUUCAGCUUCGCGACUCGCUGAGCUAUUGCAGACUUUGAGUCUUCUGCGGAUCUCCUCAUAUCUGAACAUGUGAACACAGCUUGUUGCAGGGAUGGCGAACCUUUAAUGAUGAAAGUGCCAUUUUGUUUUAUAACAAAAAUUGUAAUUUUUGCCAUAGAAAAGAAUUCAUUUUCAUACAUAGGUAUGUCACCGUAAAAUUGUAUACACCGUUAUAUUGUGAAAUUGACGGAAAAUUGUGAACUGCACCAAUUGCUUAAAAUUAAAAUUUUCAGUUCACGAUGAUUUGUUAUUUAUUAAAAGUUAAUGUCUUAUCCUAAUCUGAAAGUCAGAAAUCAAUCAAAAUACAUGUUCAAAUAAAAAAAAAUUACCUUAUUGUAACAGUACACAAUUUUCUAUCAUUUUAUAUACUUGUAAAUGUUUAGAGUCUUGCGGUGACAUACAUACCUAAUGAAUUUUAUUAUUUACUUUCAUGACGUCAAAUUCAAAUGAAUGGCCAAUUUGUCAUUCAUCAAGUAUAUACGAGUAGAUUCAUUGAUGCGUAGGUUUACCAUCCCUGACUUAUUGAAGAGUAAUAUAAUGGAUCGUUCAUAAACACGAGUGUUUGAUCUUUGCGGCAAUGCGGUUUUGCUUUUGUGACAUGUAAUUGUAAAUAAGUUUGUUUUGUCACAUAAGAUCAUUAAUUGUUUACCGCUAAGUCAGUUUAUGGAGAUCGCACAUUAUACCAGAGCCCAACUCGCCGCAAUUCCGCAUGCGUUAAAGUAAACUCGUUAUACAGUACUAAAAAGGUGAAUAAAAGUAGGUAGCACAAGUACAACGCAACGUUUCGAAUAAAACUGCACUUUGUUUAUUUGGUACAAAAAUUUAAACUCUAUAGCGUGAGAUCGUUUUAAAAUUCAUCGUUUGAAAAUUUCAACCUAUAUUUCUUAUUAAGGAAAUUUUGAGUUUUUGAAAUUAUUAUAACAUCUUGCUUUAUAUGUUUAUAGAAAUUUUAAGCCAAUUGCAUACUAGGAGUCGCAAUCUUUUUCGAAUUUAAAAUUCUUCUUUGAAAUUCGACAUUAAUGUGCAAUUAGCGUAAUGCGAAUUCUUUUCUGUAACUAAAAUAACACAUCUUAUAAAUCAUUCUAUUGUACGAUAACUGAUAAAACAUCAUUAUAUUAGACAUUAGUACGCUUCUAUUUCAAGUACAUUGUGAAAACCCCAUGAAUGUUAUUCGUGACGCCAUAACAAAUAGAAAUACAAAAGUUCUAAUAACUUCUUUUUGAUUCAUAGACCACCAAACGAGUUAGUCGUUUAGCUUUUAAAAAAGAUGUGUAAUAUAUGAUUCCUUUAUUGUUUCCUAAAUACAUAGUAAUAGUAUAUAUGAUACCAAGGGUUGGUAUUAAUAUCUAAUUUGUGAAUGCCAUUUUAGAAUCAGUUAUACUAGAUUGAUAAAAAAUAGGUACGUUACUAUGAGUGACUUUGAUGGAGUUUAUUUAUAGACUCAUCAAAGACAUGGAUAAAGAAGUCCAUUUUAUAGCAAGCAGAAUUAAAUUGUUAUUUAGUUGCUAUAAAAGGAUUUUAAAUGUGAUAUUCCUUAGUGUAACACUCUGGGUAAAGAUCUCACAAAACAUGCCUAAAUAUUCGUUGAAUUAAAAACUGAACUGCUAAGGGAAAUAUCAGGCCUAAAAGCUUCAGCGUUCAUUUGAAGAGCUCCAGAGCUUAUUUACUCUAGCGUUUUAUAUUCAUUAUAUGAAUAUAUACACGUCUGUUUUAAUGUGCACAUUGAUUGGUUGUUGAAGUAUAAGGUAAGGCAUGAGUCGGUUCUCUGGUUGAUCAGAGGUAAGGCUGAUCGCAUAUUAAAAUAUCCCGUAUUUGCCACAAAAAUACCUAAAUUUUCGUUUAUUUUACGUAUUUCUUUAUUACCACUUAGAAAAAUGAUUGGGACCUAAUUCUUAAUGGUAAUGAUACGCAAAUAUGCUAUAAAAAAAAUCUGCUAUUUUCGAAUUAUAUGCAUGAUAUAAAUAUAUAUUAUUCCAGUCGCCGUGGAAAUUCUAUGCCCCUUUAUUACACUCUUCGCUAUUUUUUGAGUUUACUUAAAUGUUUGAAAAGAAUCGUGUUCGAAAUUCCUCUAGAAAUUAAUUGCUAAUAAAUUAUUCGGUGAGCCGUGCCAGCCCAGUGGAUGUAACCUCUGCCUCCGAUUCCGAAGGGUGUGGGUUCCAAUCCGGUCCGGGGUAUGCUCCUCCUACUUUUCAGUUGUGUGCAUUUUAAGAAAUUAAAUAUCACGUGUCUCAAACGGUGAAGGAAAACAUCGUGAGGAAACCUGCAUAUUGAGAAUUUUCUGAAGUCUCUGCGUGUGUGAAGUUUGCUAAUUCGCAUUGUGCCAGCGUGCUAACCCCUCUCAUUCUAAGAAGAGACUCGAGCUCAGCAGUGACCCGAAUAGGGGUUGAUAACGAAAUUAUUUGGUAUGUGAAGUUACAUAAUAUUUCAGACUAGCUGACGCCGCGCGGUUUUACCCGCGUGGUUCCCGUUCCUGUAAGAAAACGGGGAUAAUAUAUAGCUUACAGCCUUCCUCGAUAAAUGGGCUAUCUAACAAUGAAAGAAUUUUUCAAAUCGGACCAGUAGUUCCUGAGAUUAGCGCGUUCAAUCAAUCAAACAAACAAACAAACAAACAAACAAACUCUUCAGCUUUAUAUAUUAGUAUAGAUAUGCGGCACGUACGGAUUAGAUAUGCGACCAGCUUUAUACAUCGUUGUGAUAUUAAUUAUUGUCUGCACAAAAUCAUUGUUUUUAUACAAGAAUUUUAAUACUGCAUACAUUUUUAAACGUGUGACAUUUUUUGGAUCAUCUAUUUACACAGUGAUAAUGGAGUGAAUUCGGUUGUACACAAAUCUGUAAAGGGAAAAUCGUUAUAAAACGUUUUUAAUGCAAACAUAUAAAGUGUAGUCUUUUUUUAUUAUCACGUAUAAUCAUUUAAUAAGGCAAGGCGUCCCAGUUGAUUAUAAAAUUCGUGCUUUUCCAUCUAUAAUGCUAUAGUAUUGUGUUCACAGAGAGAUAUUUAGCGACCAAUUCGAGAAUUACUGCUAGCGCUAUCUAUGGUUCUGUCCAUAAAAAAAAAUAUAAAAAUUAAAUCCAAUACAAUAUGUAAUUUGACAAAGAUUUUUGAGAUUUGUCUACAACCGAAAUAAUGCACAUAAACAGUUUAAAAGAUGUUUUAAAGUAUCUUAGUAAAUAAUUUGAUGAAUUUUCAAUGGCGCACACUAGUAAAUAGAUGUAUACGUUUAUUGCUUUAGUGUUAUUACGAAAUUGAAACACCAAUGUUGAAAACUUAUGCCACUAAAUACUAUCCGUCCUGAUGCGGAAUUUUACUUGAAUUUAUAUGCCGGAAUCACAUUUACAACAGUCUUUUCGAUGUGACUUCAUUCGUUUUCAUUACUGCAAUCUAAACUUCAGUAACUUAAUAGCUGUGGGCAAGAGACGUCAUAGAUUGGUUAUAGAUGUUUGCUGUGGUAACAGUUUUGCUUAAGUUAUAGUUAUAUUAUAACAGAAGAAACGUGUUUGUGUGUGUAGGUAUAUUAAAUGUUGGUACAUCAGCAUAAACGAAACGUAAAAUGAUUUAGUGAUGCAGCAAGAGACGAAUGAGAUUGAAACCUGUUGGGUGAUUCCGCUAUUUUAUACUCGUCGAUGUAAUAUUCGCCUAAAACAAGUUUUAUUGGAAUUUGAACUUUAUUUCUAUGGAAUGCUAAACAUAAAAUGUCACAAACUACAAAGUUGCCAUGGAAAUGAGCGAUGUCACAUCGCUGUAACUUUACAGAAUGCAGGGUUGUUUAUCAAAUUACCGUCCCUUAGCAACCACUCACAGAAAUAAUAAUAAUAAUAAUCAUUUUAGGUUUCUGUUUUGCUGACGCUCCUUCAACUUCAAAGCGCCUGUUCGACGCCUGUAUACCUUACAUCCAAAGCAAAAUUGUCAUUAUGAGUAUACCUACAACAUUUCUUGUUCAAAAAAGGGGGAGGUUUUUAAUACCAGCUAACGGUUUACGACCUACGUGGGUUUACCUUGCAUUUAGAAGGAUGUUGCCAUGUGACCGGCCUUUAAGUACUCGUAAUUAAUUAUUGUAAUCAUUUCAUUGAUUUUAAACGAUUCAUUUGUCUAAAACGUGUACAAAAAGAAUAAGUAUUAUUUGAAUUUUAAAGCUAAGUUACACAAAGACUUUUGUACGAAAAACUAAAAAAAAACAGUUACUUAUAUUGAAGAAAACCUCCCUGUGUAACUCCUUUCAAAAAAGUACAUAGCAAGAAACUGCUCAACUAAAAAAAAAAGGAAUAGUUGUAAAAAGUAUCUGUCUGUUUAGACAUAAAUGUGAUUCAAUAUGAAUGUUGUAGGAGGUUUGUUGUUACGUCUAACGACUUCGUAAUAGUGUUGGCGGAAAAUCGAUUAUUAUCGAUUGCUUACGAAAGCUUUUAAAUAACUCGUUAACAUCGUCAAUCAUCGAUAACAUCUAUAGAAUUUAACACUGUCAUCAUGACUGCAGAAUUUGGUGAAAAAUUAAGUUAAACGGUUGACUCUCGCUUAUAGUGAAAUCAAUAUCUACUUAGUGAUUAGCAGUUAAUAAUACUGAUUGAUAUGGGAUUUGAAGCUAAAACCAACCAGAGAAACAUUCUAUCACUAUAGGCACCACAUAAAAUAGACAUCUAAAAAAUAUUCCCGUUUUUAUACUUUUCUCAAAUGUUGUUGAUGAUGAUGAUGAUGAUGAUGAUGAUGAUGAUGAUGAUGAUGAUGAUGAUGAUGAUGAUGAUGAUGAUGAUGAUGAUGAAUGAUAGUUAAGUAAUCGAUUUUUCUACAACACUUUAGUACUUGUAUUGUACAGCUCAGAUAGUGAUUUGCCAAAAAUUAAAAAUAUAUGUGAUCUUGUAGUUGGAUAAAUAUUUUUCAACGACAAACUUAUUGGACCAGUGAUCGUUUGUUGUGUAGUUGUUCUUGUAGUUAUGUCCUAGAUUGUUGCCUAGAGAUUAUGCUUUGUGUAUGGAUACUACACGCUUCGCAAUUUGCUUAGUUAUUUUACAAGACGAUUCGUAAUAUAAAUGUUAUAUUCUGAAGAAAAAAAGUCCUAAAACCAUGGCAAAAAUGCUUUUUUAUUUGUCAAUGAGGAAAGCCAACAAGCCAAUCAUCUCUCGACACCUGUGCAUGUUUUUUCCAAAGAUCUUGGCGUUAUUGCUCUACAUUUUCUCAGUACGUUUUACUGUUUCCCUUUCCUCUAAUGUACUGGACCAUUUGAGCGUAUUAUUAUCUAAUAUUAACUGGAAAUCAUCAAUUUAUCAAAGAAGUUAUCAGAUUUGAGAACCUUUUUGCGUAAUAUUGCUCAAGUCAGUCAGGAUAUUCAGUCAACCAAGAUCGAUAACAUAUAUAAUGAACUUCUCAAAAAUGACAAGGCUUAUGAGAUUAAUUUAUCUUACUAUGGAUGGGUACUUUAUGAAUAUAGAAUUCCUCUAAUUUAAAUGGUGUUUUUAGAUCGUCAUGAUUAUUAUUUAUUUUUAAAUCAUUUCAACAGUUUUAACGGAAUUGUUUGCGUAGUCUGUAGUAUCCAUCAGGGCGUGUAUUUUGAAUCUUGUUAUAAAUGUAAAAUUUUAUCAAUUUCACAACUAAGUACAUAACUUUUUCGACGCAUAAGCGAUCUACGAAUGCUAUUUUAUUCUUCGCAAAAUGCUGAUAUAUUAUAAUAUAUAUGUAAUUAAAGAUGAUAAAUUGAUAAUGUGAUGUGAUCCAAGUUUCUAUGUACACAUUCCCUUGUAAUUAUUUAGUUUUGUGUGUAUAUUAAGUUCAAUAAUCCUAUUAUAUUCAUAGAUUAAGUGAUACAUUACAUUGUAAAGUUACCUUCAUUAACGCGCGUUGCCAUAACUUAGUAUUAAAAAAGUAUUUACGCGAAUUAUUAUUAUAAUUACAGUAUUGUUUGAUUACGUAUACACUGCUCAAGCUUUCAUCAAUUUUAAACCUUUUAAAUGAUACCUAAUCAUAAUUUAUCACCCCUUUUAACUCCCAUUUGUACCUAAAAGUAAAAUUACGUUUGAAUACCAAUUUUAAUUUAAAAUAUAAAUUUUUAAAGAAUUUGUACAUAUAUAUUCCUUAAAAGCUUUACGUUUAGCUUUUAUCCUAAUUUAUUUUAUUAGAUAUACCCUUGUUUUAAAUUAAGAAAAGCCUGUCUUUUUUUGUCUCGAUGUAUUAUUUAAAUGUAUCUACGAAUAUAUUGUGUAUACUGUAUAAUUUAUUUAACAAUAUGUUUAAUAAAAUAUUGUGAUGCCAUUAAAGCCUGACUGUUAGAGUGCUUGUUGAUUGCUUUCCCUGAAACUAAAUUUAUUUCAGCAGAAAUAUAAACUGUUAAUUAUUAUAUUUGCAUGAUCAAUGAAUACAGCGAUAUAAUAUUAUAUUUUAUGAAAUAUUAUUUAGUUUCAGGGAAGGCAUACCACAAUGUAUGUCAGUAUGUUACUUAUAAAAGAAGUUAUGUAACCAAAUGAUGCUAUAGUGCGUAAGAUGUUUUAUUCUGUAAUGUAGUAUAUGGAGUUGUAGUUGAAAUAGUUUUUUCUAUUGUGUAUUAUCUAAAUGAAAAUCUGUAUGAAUUUAUCAAUACAUCAUUUCGAUGUCAUA